CCUUCCACGAUCAUUGCAUGAACUCCCCUCUGCUCUAUAAAAUGGCGCGGCACACUCGCCAUCUCCCACCGAACAAGCGAGUAAGAUAAGAACCGCUUAGCUGCAAUUCGUAGCACAUCGGCUUCCAAGUUCCAACGAUCUCGUAGACACUCUCUCGUUUCAAUUCUCGAGCGACUUUUAAUCUUUCAAAGUGCAAUGGCUGCUGCGAAUGCCCCCUUCGCUCUCAGUCGCCUCUCCCCGGCCGCGCGCCUGCCGAUCCGUGCCUGGAGAGCCGCGAGGCCGGCCCCGGUCUGGACCGGGAGAACCCGCCCGCUCUCCGUGGCCUCCGCGGCGCAAGAGAAUAGGGACAACUCCGUCGACGUCCAAGUCAGCCAGGCCCAGAACGGCGGCAACCAGCAGGGCAACGCUGUCCAGCGCCGGCCGCGCCGCGCCGGAUUUGACAUCUCCCCGUUCGGGCUAGUGGACCCGAUGUCGCCGAUGAGGACGAUGCGGCAGAUGCUGGACACGAUGGACCGGCUGUUCGAUGACGCCGUAGGGUUCCCCACGGCGCGGCGCUCGCCGGCGGCGGCUAGCGAGAUGCCGCGGAUGCCGUGGGACAUCAUGGAGGACGACAAGGAGGUGAAGAUGCGGUUCGACAUGCCCGGGCUGUCGCGGAAGGAGGUGAAGGUGAUGGUGGAGGGCGACGCGCUCGUCAUCCGCGGCGAGCACAAGAAGGAGGCCGGCGAAGGGCAGGUCGAAGGCGGCGACGGGUGGUGGAAGGAGCGCAGCGUGAGCUCCUACGACAUGCGCCUGGCUCUGCCAGACGAGUGCGACAAGAGCCAGGUGCGCGCCGAGCUCAAGAACGGCGUGCUGCUCGUGUCCGUGCCCAAGAGGGAGACCGAGCGCAAGGUCAUCGACGUGCAGGUCCAGUGAUGAGUGUGUGUGAGACUCUACCCAGUACCCUGCAUCUGAGGCUUUAAGAUUUCAGCUGUCCGAGGUGUGACCGUGCGAGUGCGUGCUCUUUGUAGGCGUAGUGUGCCGUUCUUCUCCGAUCCUCUCUGCGCGCACGUUGCGCAGAACAUGUCGUGCUGUAUGUAAAUGUACUUGGCAAAUCUAUGAAUAAAUGUUCGGCUGCUUGAUCAGCUGGAUACACUUCGAUUAA